CGAGAGGGAGCGCGCAAUCUCGGGCGCGUGCACUGUCUGGUUAUUUUUCCUCCGUAGCUGCUGCUGCUGCAGGAAAAGAGCCGCUGUGAGGAUCCGGUUCUGUUUAUUACUGAACUUCUUUCCGCCCCUUUAUUUUUACCAGAGACCCAAAUAAACCAGAACCAUGCGCGAGAUCGUUCACCUGCAAGCGGGACAGUGCGGGAACCAGAUCGGAGCCAAGUUCUGGGAGGUCAUUAGUGACGAGCACGGCAUCGACCCCACAGGUACUUAUCACGGAGACAGCGACCUGCAGCUGGACCGCAUCAGUGUCUACUACAAUGAAGCCUCAGGAGGGAAGUAUGUCCCCCGAGCCAUCUUGGUGGAUCUGGAACCAGGAACCAUGGACUCUGUUCGUUCCGGACCUUUCGGACAGAUCUUUAGACCCGACAACUUUGUCUUUGGCCAGAGCGGUGCUGGGAAUAACUGGGCCAAAGGUCACUACACAGAGGGAGCUGAGUUGGUUGACUCCGUCCUGGAUGUGGUGCGUAAGGAGGCUGAAAGCUGCGACUGUCUGCAGGGUUUCCAGCUUACCCACUCUCUAGGUGGUGGCACUGGCUCAGGCAUGGGCACACUGCUCAUCAGCAAGAUCCGUGAAGAAUAUCCUGACCGCAUCAUGAACACCUUCAGUGUGGUGCCUUCACCCAAAGUCUCGGACACAGUGGUGGAGCCUUACAACGCCACGCUCUCUGUGCACCAGUUGGUUGAGAACACAGACGAGACCUACUGCAUCGACAACGAAGCCCUGUAUGACAUCUGCUUCCGCACACUCAAGCUCACCACGCCUACUUAUGGCGAUCUGAACCAUCUGGUCUCCGCCACCAUGAGCGGAGUCACGACUUGCCUUCGCUUCCCUGGGCAGCUGAACGCCGAUCUGCGCAAGCUGGCAGUCAACAUGGUACCGUUCCCACGUCUUCACUUCUUCAUGCCUGGGUUUGCACCUUUAACCAGCAGGGGGAGUCAGCAGUACCGUGCCCUUUCCGUCCCUGAACUGACGCAGCAGAUGUUUGACGCUAAGAACAUGAUGGCCGCCUGCGACCCACGCCACGGCCGUUACCUCACCGUUGCUGCCGUAUUCCGUGGGCGCAUGUCCAUGAAGGAGGUCGAUGAGCAGAUGCUUAAUGUUCAAAACAAGAACAGCAGCUACUUCGUGGAAUGGAUCCCCAACAAUGUCAAAACAGCCGUUUGCGACAUCCCGCCUCGAGGUCUCAAGAUGGCCGCCACCUUCAUCGGCAACAGCACAGCCAUCCAGGAGCUGUUCAAACGUAUCUCUGAGCAGUUCACUGCCAUGUUCAGGAGAAAGGCCUUCCUCCACUGGUACACAGGAGAAGGGAUGGACGAGAUGGAGUUCACCGAAGCCGAAAGCAACAUGAAUGACCUGGUCUCUGAGUACCAGCAGUACCAGGACGCCACAGCAGAAGAGGGCGAGUUUGAAGAAGAGGGUGAAGAGGAAGCUGCCUAAAUCCCUCUGUCUUCUUCAGAUUAUCUUUUGUGGUUGCUUCUUUAGUGUUUCCUCAAAGACCUUCCCCCUGUAUUCACCCUCGUCAACUCCUGCAGGAGUUUUGUGUUUGGUGAAGGUGUAUAUGAUCAACAUUCUCACUUUAGACAUGGAGUAUUGUUUUCCUCUGCUCUCUUCAAGGUCAAUAAGUUACUUAAAUUCUGUUGUUUUACUCAAUUAAAUAAAGCAACCUUAACUUAAAACAAAA